AUGCCAUUUAUAUCCUAUUUUUUCGAUAAUCGACUAAAUCGAUUAUUGAAUUAUAUUCCCAAUGUACAAUUUUUAAGUAUUCGUCUAUAUACAGACUUACAAAAUUUUUCAAAAUAUUCAUCAAUAAUAAGUUCUCAUUCAAUAAAUUCAAAUGUUCGUUCAUUAGAAAUUUCAACAAUAAAUAAUAUUCCAUUUAAUCAAGUUGAAGAUCUUUUUAAAAAAACAUUUAAACGUUUAGAAAUUUUAAAGUUUUUUUUUAAAACUGAUGCAUUAAGUCAAUCAUGCCUUGAUUAUAUUGAUGAUAAACGAUGGGAAUAUUUACUUCAAGGAUUUUUAUCAUUAAAAGAUUUUCAUUGUUGUAUUGAAAUACCAAUACAAUCAGAAAUCGUAUCAAAUUCAUUUGAACAAAAUCAAUUUUUUCGUAAACAUAAUUGGAAAUUUUCUUUUCAAACUUAUACAUAUUCAUUUAAUACAAUGUUACGUAUGCAUACUGAACUCUAUCCGAAACGACGUCUUGAUAUUAUUCCUUCAAAAAUAUUUGCCGAUAGUAAUAAUAAUAACAACAUUUAUUUGCGUGUACGGGAUCUUCGUAUAUUAAUUGAUUCUAUCGGAAUAAGUAUCGUUAAUAAUUUAUCAAGAAGUACCUUCAAAAAUGUCAUAUCAUUAACACUUAUAUCAAAUAAAACAUUUAAUGAACAAACAUUUCUUAUUUAUUUAUAUUCAAUAAUUAAUCGAAAUAAUAUUCGUUAUGUAACAAUACAAUUAGAUAAUUGUUCAAGAAAUUUUCUUUUAAAUCUUAUUGAAAAUUUUUCUAAUCUUUAUUCAUUAAUAAUAUCAACAUAUCAAAAAAUUAUAUCUAUUAACAUAACAUCAAUUGAAGAUUGUUAUCGGUUGUUAACAGUAUUAUUUAUUGGUAAUAAGAAGAAACAAAUUGAAAAUUUACGAUCACUAAUAAUAAAAUGUGAUUUUCAUGAACCGGAUGCUAUAGCAAAUUGGAUUCGAUCGAAUGUCCUUAGAAACCUAUCGUAUAAAUGUACAACCAAUACUUUAAUUAUUUGGCUCUGA